GAAUCUGCUGGCUCCUCCACACACUCUCUCUCCGCUCCGGUCAAAACUUCUCCAGGAGCUGAGGACACACCGGGCUGAGAAAAAUGAGAGGACUUGUUGUAUUGGUUACUUUGGUGUGCUUUGCCAGCGCUCAGCACCAAGCACUGAUUGACUACUUGGAGCGGAGGCUGCUCGCUAUUGAGGACCGGAUCUCUUUGUGGCAUGAGCAGACCGCCCGCUACGCCUCGGAGCUGCGGGAGCUGAAGCAACAGAUGGUGUCCCAGCUGGAGAGCCUAGAUAAAGAAGAGUUUCUGAGGGUGAAUCUGGACGGCGUGGGGACGAGGGUGGACCGUGUGGAGCGAGAGCUGGACUACCUGGAGACACAGAAUGGCGCUCAGCCGUGUGUAGACGUCGACGACAAGCUGAUAGAGCAGCAGGUGACGUUGGUGAAGGAGAAGCAGAAGGCUAAGUACUCAAAACUAUCAGACUGCAGUGACAUGAUCUCUAGCAUAAAGGCCAUGAAGAUCUUGAAGCGAGUUGGAGGGCCAAAGGGUAUGUGGACCAAAGACACGGGCCGGGGCUCUGGAAAGGUCUUCAUCUUUAAUGGGACAGAUGAAGACACCAUCCAUGAAUUCUCCUCCAUUCAGGACUUUGCUCGCUCACUUGGGAUGUCUCUGUCCAAGAACCUGAAGCUGCCGUCCGCCUGGAAGGGAACAGGACAUGUUGUCUUAAACAAUUACGCAUACUAUAUAAACCAGGUAGAAGAGAUGAUGGUGGUUAAAUAUGACAUGAAGAACGGCUCUGUGACGGACAGCGCUGUGUUUCCAGUGCAGGAUCAUCUCCCCGUAUAUGGCCUGACCCCAGAGACAGUGAUGGACCUGGCUGUGGACGAGGAAGGUUUGUGGGCCAUUUACGCCACGCGGCAGAACGAGAGGUACAUCUCUAUGGCCAAAAUGGACGCCAACUCGCUUGACAUUGAGCAAAUGUGGGAAACAAACUGUCAGAGGGAGAACGCAGAGGCGGCUUUUGUCAUCUGUGGCACUUUGUAUGUGGUCUACAACACCAAGCAGCCAGGGCGCUCACGUAUCCAGUGUGUGUUUGACGUCAAUGACAUGGUGACCAACGAAGAAGCACCACUGGUUUACUUUCCAAAGCGUUACGGAGCUCACUCCAGUCUGAAAUACAACCCUCAGGAGCAGCUACUCUACGCCUGGGACGAUGGCUACCAGAUCCUCUACAAGCUUAUCAUGAAAAAGAAACUAGAAAUCUGAGCUAAAUAAUAUUUUAAACCAUCCUUCCAAAUCUUCCACAAACACACUAACACAACUGUGUUACCAAGUGUGUAGGUCCUUAACUACAAAUCAUGUGUACUUUGUAUUACUGCAGACUAUGCUGAUGCUUUAUUUCCUAUUUGUGUCCAAUUUUUGUGAAUGACAAAUCUCAAAAACACCUUGAGGGGAUUUAUUCCAAUUUGACACUUUGUCUCAAGGAUGAACUGAUUUCAAUUUGGGGUUCAAGGGUACGCUAAUCAUGACAAUUUUAAACAAUGUCUGGUAAAAUGAUAAAGAAAACAAAUUUGACCAGUUGAUGACGACUACAACCAUGAUCUGGUUAAUCCUAUUUUUACCAGUUGUGCUAUUUGGAAAUAGUUAAAUAAUUUAAUUCUUAAUUGGUUUAACAUUUAACAUUUUCCAAAAUAUAGUGCACAUUGACAAUUCAAGCAAAAGAACAACAACAAAGUUGCCAACACAAAUUAGGCAAAAUGGUCAGCAGUGAUUCAUGAUUGUGUAUGUUUGGCUAAACAUGCACCAGUAGUGGCUUUGAGUCCAAAAUCUUUGCAAUUACUUUAAGUAUUCCCUGAAAUGUUUACUUAUGAGAAUUGUAGUCAUAGUGCCACACCUGAAAGAUAUCAUGGUGAUACCUAUAGGUGAUCUAUUGAGCUGACUUCUUAUCAGACUUCACUGCAUUUCUGUAUUCUGAAUCACAUACUGUAUAACAGGCAAUGCUUGGUUCAGAAUGUAGCAUUACAAAUGUACAUUUAGUUAUGGGUCGUAUUUCAUUUUACAGCUUUAUUAAGACAUCAGUCUUUAAACUUUUAGGUUAAAGCUAGUUUAAAAGAAAUCAAGAACUAUCCUGGUCAAAAUAUCCCUGGUGUUGUCAUUAUGAUACAUGCAAGAAACAGCUAGCUGGCUAGUGCUGUUGUAUUUCAGUUUUUGAAUUAGUGGAGCACAUAGGUAUUUUGUGGCGUUUGCUUUAAAUAAAUUCGACAAAAUUGACAAAGACCACCACUAUUUGAAUUAUGCCUCAUGUAAUGCGAUUGUUUAUUAAUUUAUAACAUAUCUAUUUUAUACUGUUUGCUUACAAUAUGAUAUUUUCCUAGUAUCAUGUAUUUUUAUUUCCUCCUUAAUAUUGGACAUUGAGAAAAUAAAUUGCAACUACACCAAUUAACAAAGUGAGUCUGUCAUAUUCUGUGAGCAGAUCCAAACUGAAAAGGCCUUUUAGACUUUGGGGCCCCUCAGUGGUGAUGUGAGAGAAGACACUAUGGCCUACAGCAAUGCAUUGUUUGCAUGUAUCUCUGAGUCAGAUUUUCCAAGGUAACUUUCUCUACUGAAGGGGACCUGCAUUGACUAUUAUGGCUUCUAAAUACGACAGAUAAUAAUAGUUAUUUCAUGUAUUUCAUUGACUUCACUCCGCACUUGAUUACUGUUUUGUUCUUCUGGUGAGAUGCUAAGUGCAUUUCGUUGCCUUAGUACUUGUACUAAGUGACAAUAAAAAAAAAAGUUUGCAUAGCACGAUAAAUAUAAAACACUAAGGUCAUUUCAUAUUUUGUUAUAACCAA